CAUGUGAAAUUGUGAAAUAAUUAUAAAUGUGUCAUUUUUGGUUACUGUACUGUCAUUUUCCAAAUUUAAAGGUUAAUUCCUAUUAACCCAUCAAUUUAUUUGGAAAAAUCCGAACCGUCUAUAAGAUGGGAACGUGUAGUGAAUACAUUAAAAAUGUGUUUCCUUCAAUAGAUGAUGAUCUGAAGCAAUAUGUUGAAGGAGUUUUAGAAAACGGGGCCGAAGACUUUGAAGAUAGCGAGGAAGUAUAUGAAGCCGUUGGAGAGGUUUUACAAGAAAUAUCUAGUGAUAAAACAGAAGAAGACAUACGAAAUAUAUGUAAUGAAUUAUUAAAUAUGUUAAAACCAAGUAAGAAAAAAGAGAACAAUGGUCCAAUGAAAGUAUUAAAUGCCCCUAUACACCUAGGUUCGAUGGUAGAUAAUUUAGAGAGUAAUAUUGGUGAUAUUAAAAGUAUAUGGGUUAUGCAAAGAGAUGAUUCACUGAAAGUUGAUGCAAAAAAGUUAGAAAAAGCACAAGCCAAAUUACAAGAAAAGCAGGAUAAAAGAACAAAAGACGUGAAAACAGUAGCCCCUCCGAAAUUACAAACUGCUACUGCUUCUCAGGUAACAAGCAAAAAAGAAAGUAAAUUGGAAUCAAAAGGCAAUAAUAGAACACAGGACAUUAGAAUAGAAAAUUUCGAUGUGGCUUAUGGAGACAGGGUACUGCUUCAAGGUGCUGAUUUGACAUUAGCAUUUGGAAGAAGAUAUGGUUUAGUUGGUAGAAAUGGGUUAGGUAAAAGUACUUUGCUAAGAAUGAUUUCUGGAGGACAAUUACGAAUACCUUCUCACAUAUCUAUCCUACAUGUAGAACAAGAGGUAACAGGUGAUGAUACACUAGCAUUAAAUAGCGUUCUUGAAUGUGAUACAGUUAGGCAAGACUUGUUGAAUAGAGAGAAAGAAGUUAGUGCUGCUAUUAAUGCGGGGUCUGCAGAUCCUGAACUUAACAACCAGCUUUCUGAAAUUUACUCUCAACUACAGAAUAUUGAAGCAGAUAAAGCUCCAGCUAAAGCAUCAAUAAUUCUCAAUGGUUUAGGUUUCACGUCUGAAAUGCAACAGAAUCCGACAAAAACUUUUUCUGGUGGAUGGAGGAUGCGUCUUGCAUUGGCGCGAGCUCUGUUUUCAAGGCCUGAUCUGCUUUUACUUGAUGAACCUACCAAUAUGUUGGACAUAAAAGCCAUCAUUUGGUUGGAGAAUUACCUUCAAAACUGGCCUACCACUCUACUUGUUGUGUCUCACGAUCGCAAUUUCUUAGAUACUGUGCCUACAGAUAUAUUACAUCUUCAUUCACAAAGGAUAGACUCUUAUCGAGGCAAUUACGAGCAAUUUGAGAAAACGAAAAUUGAAAAACUAAAGAACCAACAAAGGGAGUACGAAGCUCAAAUGCAACAGAGGCAACAUGUUCAGGAAUUCAUCGACAGGUUUAGGUACAAUGCGAACAGAGCUGCACUGGUACAAUCAAAAAUCAAGAUGUUAGAAAAAUUGCCAGAAUUAAAACCUAUAGUAAAAGAAACCGAAGUAGUAUUAAAAUUGCCUGAAACUGAGCCUUUAUCACCUCCUAUUUUGCAACUUGAUGAGGUAUCGUUCAGAUACAAUACAGAAAGGCUUAUAUUUAGCAAUGUCAAUCUUGGAGCCACAAUGGACUCGAGGAUAUGUAUUGUCGGCGAUAAUGGCGCCGGAAAGACAACUCUCCUUAAAAUCAUCAUGGGAAUUUUAUCUCCAACCCUUGGCAUGAGGCACGUACAUAGGAAUCUUAAGUUUGGUUACUUCAGUCAGCAUCACGUGGACCAACUUGAUAUGAAUGUGAAUUCGGUUGAAUUACUUCAGCAGACUUAUCCCGGUAAACCGAUUGAGGAAUAUAGGAGACAGUUGGGUAGCUUUGGGGUCUCAGGCGAUUUGGCACUACAGACUGUGUCCAGUUUAUCGGGGGGUCAAAAAUCAAGAGUCGCGUUUGCCAGGAUGUGCAUGGGUUUUCCCAACUUCCUUGUCCUUGAUGAACCCACUAAUCAUCUGGAUAUAGAGACAAUAGAGGCGUUAGGGAAAGCCAUUCAAAAAUACACCGGUGGUGUGAUCUUGGUUUCCCACGAUGAAAGGUUGAUAAGGAUGGUGUGCAAUGAGCUGUGGAUAUGUGGAAAUGGAUCUGUCAAGAGCAUAGAAGGCGGUUUCGAUGAAUAUAGGAGAAUAGUGGAAGAGGAACUGGAAUCCGCGGCACAGUCGAAAUAACAGCUAGUUAAAUCAACAAAUUAACUAAAUUCUAAGCACUGUGAUUCAUUUGUCAGUGUAUUUCAUUUCUAUCAAGAAAUUUAAUUAUAUGAAUGUGCCUGUUUUAAAUAACUUGUACUAUUUAUGACUUUUUUUGUUAUAUUUAUAAUAUAUUCAUAUUUAAUAACUAUAAUGUUCCUGUGGUAUUGAAUUAUUUUAAAAAUUGCUAGAUAAAAUAACAGAUUUACUAAAAAAUAGUAUUUGAAACCUCCCAUUUCUUAAUUCCUCACCAACUAACAUUCCGACUGCCAAAUCGGUGUAUUGGACUAAGAAACUACAGGGUGUUCCAGGGAACAGUCGUCAUACAGUAGUCGCAGACUCCCGAGGUAAAAAUACUUACAUUUAAAACAAAUCAACUUAAUCCAAAAAUCCUUCAUUUAAAAAUUAUAAGGUGGUAAAAUCUUACUUUUGAAAUACUAGGACAGUGAAUUAAUUUUGCGGAAUUUUUGCAAAUUCUAGGUUUUAUUAAAAAUUUUGUACAUUAUUUUUCAAAGUAUAGUACAUCGCUAGGCACUACUUUUUCCCAUCUUUCUGACAGCAAGCAUACGGAUUUCGUUUCGAAAGAACAACUAAUCUUUUGAUAUUAUCCACUAAUGGAUCCAAUUUUUGGUAUCUUCGUAAGAUUGGAAGUGCUGGUUAGUCAAGUCAUGUUCCAUGGAUCGGAACAAGUAGUAAUCUGAUGGAGCAAUAUCUGGAUGGGAUAAAAUAUCCCAUUUCAACAUUUCUAAGAAUUUUUUGACUAUGAGCAAUAUGUUGUCGAGCGUUGUCAUGUUGAGAAAUUACUUUAUCAUGCCUUUGCUCAAAUUGCGGCCGUUUUUCUUUAAUGUAUAACUCAAACGCAUCAGUUGUGUUUAGUAGCGCUCACCAGUGAUGGUUUUAUACGGUUGAAGCAGCCCAUAGUACACAACACCAAGCUGGUCCCAACAAAUGCAGAGCAUGAGCUUUGUAGCAUGAAUAUUCAUCCUUACCAUUGAUCUUGAAGCAUGACCAGGCAAACCCCACGAUUUUUUACAUUUAGAAUUAUCAGAGCAUAUACAUUUUUCAUCGACAGUGACGAUACGAUAAAAAAAAACCUUUUUUUCCAUUGAAGCAUUUGUUCACGUGAAAAAUCGCCAUUCAACAUCUCUCGGAUUCAAUUCGUAUGGCAUCCAAUUUCCUUGCUUUUGAAACAUACCGAGUGCAUUUAAACAUUUGGAAACUAUUGUGUGAUAAACAUUCAACGAUUCAGCUAGUUCACCUUGCGUUUGACAUGAAUCUGGGUCAAGUAAUGCUUCCAAUUCAUCUUCAAACUUUUUCUGUUGAGCAGGACAUUCUUUGCCAACUGCAUUGAAAUCACCACUUUUAAAACAUUGAAACAAUACUCACAUGUUUUUAUCGAUCUAGCAUGUUCACCAGAAAUUUCCAAAGGCACUUCAAGUCAAUUUAUCAUCUUAUUAUUACUUCGUUUAAAAGUUAUUCAUAAAUAUCUAAAAAUCGACAUUAAACAAAAUUAAUUCACAAUUCUAGUAUUGUGGAUGAAGUUUGAGGGAUUUACAAUAGACAUCAUAACUUGUGCUAUAUCGCAUCGUACAUGUAUAUAAAUGUCAAAGCUCUGUCAUUAAAGCUUUCUUUCUAUCGUAUUAUUUUGCUGAAGUGUAAUUUCUCCACACUGAAAAUGUCGAAUUACAAUCCAACAAAACACUAUUUGCAGGAAGUUUUAUUUUUAUCAAAGAAAAGUGCUGCUGAAAGACAUCGAAUCCUUUUUCCGAAUUUUUACUUUGCCACCUCUUUUUUUUUCGGAAGUAGCCGCCAUAUUGGAAAAAUGCCGCUCCAAAACAGUUUUUCGACGAUAUUUCCUUUCCGACUCACUUUACGGUCAAAAUAGUUAUAUAAUAAAUUAAACUAGAGAACAUUUCCUAUAAUUUAUGUAUUAACCUUUUUUCUGUGAAAUGAAUAGUUUCGACGUACGAGCGCUUUACCAUUUUACCGUUUCUUGGAACAUCCUGUGUAAUAUUAUACACUAAUCUACUAAUGUAAAUAUAUAUUGGUUAACAAUUGCAAUUUCUGAACAUUUAUUUACUUUACUAAUAUUUUGAAAACAUGGCCUCAAUUGGAUUGAAAAAAGAAUGCAAUGAAGGUUGUGAUUAACAACUUCCACAAAAUUUCAUUUCAAGUUUUUAAUUUAAAAUAACGAAGUUCGUGUCGACUUCCGGUAUAAG